AUGCCCGAGACUGUGGCAUUUAUCAGAUUGUACAAUUCGAACACCGGAUAUGAACUGCACACAUGGCCUAGCCUGGUCGUCGCCGACGGCAUCCUAUCUGAUUGGGGCGACAUACAAACAUGGGACUAUCCGAGCUCCAGAGGAAUGAUCCUAGUACCUAAACGCUUUGCUCUCUCUUAUCUCUACGAUGCGUCCAAGCUCGGACGCGUCCAUUGGCUUCGGUGGCACUCGCUCCCUUCGGUACUCGUCGCGAUUGGUCGUGUCACGCUCUUGCCAACAGAGCUUCUCAUCGACUCACAUACGCAACGCAUCCUCAUCGCGCUUACUCUCAGCGUUUGGAUGUUGUCCCUCUGA